AUGCCAGGCGCCGGGCAGGGCACGAUGGAUGCGCCCCGGCGACGCACCUUCUUUUCCUGGGGCGCUGGGUCGAGCCUGCACAUCCUCGAGACCUCCCCGCAGCACCAGGAGCCCGUCGCCACUAUAUACCAAUGGCCAGGGCAGGAUCCGCUCCAGAGGAAGCUCGGGAACGACGCGCUGGUGCUGUACGAGCAGGGGGCAGCGCAGGCGCCCGGAGGCGGCCCCAGCGGGCUAUCCGACCCCCAGCAGGCCGCGCAGGCGAUGGAGUACGCCGCGGGGAUCGAGGCGUGCAUGGACGUCGGGCAUCUGCCCGCCACGGACGCCGAGCUCGACGUGCUUCGGCUGCGUGCCGCUUGGAGCCUCGUGUCGAUUUUCUUCGUGGGUAGUUGGCGGCACCAGGGGCGGGUCGUGGAGCCGGUCGUGGAGUGGCUGCGGAAACACUUCGCCGCGGUCUGCAGCCCGCAAAGCGCGUCCUUGGAGCUGGAGGUGGAGUUCCCUCUGAUCAUCGAGGCGGUGCAGAGCGGAGCCAUCCCCGAGGAGCGCCCCGAGUACUGGAAGUCCGUGCGCACCGCGGUGGCCCUCGGGUGGCAGGCAAUGGCCGACGAGCUUCUGGCGUCGCACUCUGCGUUCCUGAAGAGCCGACACGGCGACGAGGGCGCCACCUCCGACGCCCAGGCCCUCGACGCCGUCCGAACAGCCAUCCUCCGGAUGCCGCGGCUCUCCGUGGGGCCCGAGGGCAGCGCCUCUGGCCGUGCCACCUCCGCUGAGGAGCUCCAGGGGCAGCUCACUGGCUGGACGACCGUCCUCCAGGACCUCCACGGCGCGCGCGACCUCUGGGAGCAGUGCUCGGGCGACGUCGUCGUCCACCUGCGCGCCAUCAUCGGCAUGCUUCUCGGCUCGCAAGACAUCGAGGGUGCAGUCUCCGACCCGCUGGAGGUCCUCGCCGCAACGCUGCUCCACCGCAACCCGCUCGCGAUGUCGCACGAGAUCGCCGGGUGGCUCCGCCGCUGCGGCGGCGACGACGGCGACGAAUGCGCGUGGGCGCGGCACCUGCUCGACGCGUGCGCGUCAGGGGAGCGCGAGCAGGUCCUGCGGCUCUGCAGCGAACGCCCGGGGAGCGAGUGGCUCAUGGUGCACGUGUUCCCGCUCCUGCGCGGCUCCGGAGCGAGCAAGGCGCUCUCCCGGGAGAUUGCCGGCCCGUCGCGGUGCACGCAAGAAGAGCUGUUUGUGUUGCGGCUCGUGCGCGCACAGGCGGCCGCGGGGCAGUGGGCGGCCGCGGCGCGGUACCUGCUGCGGUGCCCCGUGCACGGACGGGACGCCACGCUCGCGGUGAUGCGCCUCGUCCCGGCGCGGGCGGUGCAGCGGAGCGCCGUGCUCGCACGGACGUUGGCAGCGCACUGCCGCGCGCACGGCCUCCCGGAGGCCGCGCAGGUCCUCGGGCGGACGCUCGCGGUCGCAGGGGUGCUGCGCGGCGCCGCCGGGGACGCCGUGGAGGCCAUGGUGGACAGCCAGGACGCCGAGCUGUUCUUAUGCGUUGUUCUGCGUCCGCUGCUGUCGAGGGCGGCGGGCGGGGCGCAGGACCGGGCGCUGCUGGCGUCGAUCAGGGAGAUCGACUGGGCGUUGCGGAGCGCGCUGGCGUGGCGCGGGGUCGCAGAGGGGGGGGAGUUUGGGCCCGCGGCGGCGGAGGCGGCGGCGGCGCUGAGGGGGUUCAGGGAGCUCGUGGAGAGCGCGGAGCAGCUCGGCGCGGGCGCCGGGGCGGCGCAGAAGGAGGCGGCGGCGCGGGCGCUGGUGGCUGCGCUGCAGGCGGGGUCGGGGAGGGGGGUCGGGCUGACAGGGGCGGUGGCGGGGGUGUUGCCGCGGCUGAAGGGGGUGUUUGGAGCGGAGGGCGGGGCGGGGGCGCUGGGGAUGCGGCAGUUGCGGGAAGUGAUGCGGGCGGUGGAGGAGGAGGCGGUGCGGGAGGGCGGCGCGGCGGUGGACGUCGGGACGCGUAUGGCGCUCGCGGAAGGGCUUGUGCGGUCGCAUAUGAAGGCGGAGCGCGAGGCGCACGCGAGCUAG